GACUUUGUAAAAAGAAAGAAAACCAAAAAGCAGCAGCUAACCGACGGUCCUCACAGUGACCAGUGACAGCGGGGGGAAAAACACGAUGCCGGAGCCGCGGUUUUAAACCCGGCCGACUCUUUUCCACUUUCUAUCGUGACAUUUUUCUAUGUGUGUGUGUGUUUGGUUGUCUCUCGGUGAUAUAAGACCACGUAUGCCAGGUAGCUCAGUGAGUUCGCCCUGUUCUUGAGGCGGUUGUGUUAGGAAGCUGAAGUCGGCUUCUCGUUCGAAUGUUCCCGUUCCACCUUAAACGGAGCAGCAGUUCCAUUCUGGCGCCUCAGGCCAAACCAGAACCACGGACCUUCGCUGCAACCAUUUAAGGUAGAACGGGGAAAUUCAAACAAGAAGCUGGUGAAUAGGAAGCUGAUUCAGCCUCGUGUCGUGUUUCUGUUUAUGGCUCAGUGUGUCCUCAUAAAUGGGACCAUAUCUGCUAUUUGCUUUUUCCUACGUCUGCCGUGUUGUUUUGCUUUGGGGGUCUUGGAGGUAGGUGGACUCCUCUCGGUUUGAUAUACGAGACGAGUCCUGUCAAAACGUCCUCCUACAGUGAAAGCCCUCUUAAUACACGUUCUUAUUGAGCUGGGAGUUUGCUGUAGUCAGUAAAGGCGUCUCGUUCGUCAAACAGGGGCUCCACAGUGCUGCAUACACGCUUAGAUAGUGAGAUUGUCCGCCUGUGUGGGAUGUUGAGGGGAAAUUUAUGGCGGGUCGAUUGAAUCCAGGCCAGCAAUGAUGUGGUGUUCGUGAUGGUGGUCUCACAAGGUCAGGGGGGGUAUACUAAACUAUAUUCGCCCUUUACCUCCCUAACGUGGUAUCAUGUCGUGUACGUGUGCACAUAACAGUGAUUAAAGCGGUAUUUAUUAGACGCAGUUUCGCCGGAUAGAGUCGGCUACAGUUGAGCAGCCCCUUUAAUCCCUACCCACAAUGCACCGAGGCGGUAGCUUCCCUCCGUUGGAGUUGUUGUGUGGCACUGCAAUGCUUUGUUGGCUCGUUUUCUUAAAGUGAAAUGGUUUUCUGGACAACUUGAUUUGCACUUGGGGGAAGGAACGAUGGAGUUACUGAGGUGUGAAUCAACGCUGUGAUAACCAAGGAGCUGCUGCACAUUUACCUCAAGGUUUCUGCCAGAAGGCCACAGAAGAGCAGUCCCAAUGGAGGACACAGAAACUGAGCGGACUUCAUCUGAGCCAGACGCUCUUGGGGCAGACUUCAUCACAGUGGAACUUGACACCCAGCCCAUUGAGUAUGUGGUCAAAUGGGCUGAGGUUGGGUCUAAAUUCACUAUAUCCUGCGUGAAGAAGGAAUCGGACGAGAACGCUUGCUUUACGCCCGAGCAACUGGUCAAAACUGAGCCGGACGAGAGGUUCUUUGUUCCGUACGAGGCAGUGUACACGGAAUGUGAGGACACGGAUCCGAGCAUGAUCGCCUCGCAGGAGGUGGUAAGGAGCGAUUUGGACGUGGACCAGCACAUGGAGCUGGUGAGCAGCAACCUGGAGGAGGAGGAUGACGACGAUAAUGAGGAGGAGGAUGAGGGCUCUGAUGGUGACUGGGAGGAAGAGGGCUCUCACUCUAGAGACAGACGUUACAACUGCCACUUCUGUGGCAAGAGCUACAGCCAUUCCUCCAGCCUGGCGCGCCACUUGCACUUGCACACUGCAGGGGACCGUUCUUCCUCUCCUCCUAAAGCAAGGUUGGGGGAAAACCAAAAGUUCCUCCAGUGCAACGUGUGUGGGGUGCGGUGCAAUGGCAGACGGCUUCUUGCUAUACACAAGAAAUGCCACAAAACCAAGAGACUGCACACGUGCAACACGUGCGGCAAGACCUUCAAUCACAGUUCCAGCCUGUCACGGCACAGGCUUAUCCAUAAAAGAGGCCUGGACAAGAAGUUGAAGCCACUGUACCCGGCGCCCACCCCGGCACCCAUAGUGACAGUGACCCAGCGCAGACGGGGCCCCAAGAAAAAGAAGCCACUGUCAGUGGAGGGCAAGUUUGCAAUGGCUGAGCGGGAGAAGCAGUACCAGUGCACGCAGUGCGACAUGGUCUUCACCAACUCUACCAGCCUCUCCAAGCACCAAGUAUCCCAUGUGCGGCAGCUGCUCAACUCCUACGCCCAGGGCAACGACGCCCUGGACAAGUCUUCGGACCUGAAGAUCCGCCUAAAGCUCUGCUCCCGAGAUAAGCCCAACUACUACACCCUCUGCAAGAAGAACAAGCGCGGCAAAGGAGGCCGGAAGAGGCUGCAGCUGCCUCCUGACGACGAGUGCGACGGCCACUUCAGCCACACCGGCAGCUUCAGCCCACACGAUCACACGCAUGGCAGCGAGAAGCGCUACGGCUGCAACGCCUGCAAGAAGACAUUCGUCCGCCUGUCCAACCUGAAGCAGCACCAGCAGACGCACGCUAUGGGUAAACUGUACGAGUGUCAGCACUGCGGCAAGACGUUCGUCCACUCGUCCAGCUUCUCGCGCCACAAGAAGGUCCAUGCGGGCCUCAAACAGGUGCCCAAACAAUGCAAUCAGAGCCUGAUGGUCGAUGAGACGGCACCAUUGGAGUCUGAGUCCGAGUGAGAAGACGGUUUCCAGGAACUGUCCUGACACAGCUGUUGGAAAGGCCUCUUUGUUUUAGUUGUAUUUGUUUUUUUUUUUUUGUUUGUUUUUCUUGCUUUUUGCACCCGUUUCUUAUUUUGUCAAAGGACCGGUAGAUUUGGCAUUGCUCUCAUUGUGAAGUGAGUUUGAUGUCAUUGGUUUUGUGUUGUCAGCAAUAGGCUUUGAUGUUGUUGUUGUUAUUUUUAUUUUCAUUUGAUUUUCUUUGCUUGGGGCAUCGCUAGAGGAUAUGCUGGCCAUCUUGUGGCAAUGUAAAGUAAAAGAUUUGUACAUUUUUGUUGACAUUCCCAUUUUUUGGUCACAGUUAGCGAUAAUUCAUGGCAGAGUAAUGAUUCUUUUUUGUAGUAUUAUUUAUGUUUACUUUUGUUUGUAAACAAAAAAAAUUGACAUUGGCAGUGCAGGUGUUACACAUUUUUACAUCCUUGCACUAAAUACCCUUCGGCACUGAAAAUAAAGUGAAGUACUUAUUUAAAAAAAAAUAAAAUAAAGGCUGGGGAGAAAAUUCCAGGGUAAACGUAGUAAAAAGUAGUUUCAUUUGCCUCCAUGUUAGUGGGCAGCUAGCAAUUUGUUUGCCAGUGCUGCUCUUUAAAGGAUAUGCAGCUAUUCGUAUAGUGUGGGUUGAUGCCUAGCAUGUCCUAUACAGAGAAUAUUUAACAAUGUGACCAUUUAUUUAUUUAAUUCUUUCUUUUAUUUUGAACCGAGAUCCCACCCGUUCCUUCGCCUUUGACUUAAACUAACAAUUACAACUAAUCACCCUGUAUUUGUCACAUUAUUGCUGGCGAGGGUUUUUAUUUAAGAAAGGUUAUAAAAAGAGAACAAACUACGCACACAAACACCCCAACACAAUGACUUGUAAUUGUUGGUUUAAGUUUAAAUGUUGGUUAAAUGACCUUUUUGGCAAGUUUGUUGUGUUUUUUUGAGAAUGUUUUCUUGGUUCUGGUGUCUUCACUAAGUGUGAAUCAGUUUGUUUGCUCUGCACACUUUCUUUUUUUUUUUGUUCGUACUUUUCUUCUGUCAUCGGAUAAUUAAAAGGCAAAAGAUUUGAAAGGUUACUUGUCAGUUUGUCAACAAACAAGAUCCGUAAGCGUUAUUACAGAGCUGCAAAUUGCAGAUCGGACAUCAAUAUGUGUGAUAUUGAAAGCGUUGGGGGGGGGAAAUGGUGACUUCAUAUUAAAUAGCGUGUGUGUGCAUGAUGAAUAUACUGAAAGAAUAUACUCAAAAAUAUAUACAUUUUAAAUCUACUGUAUAUGUGUAAAAAUAAAAAAAAAAACUGAAGUGGGGGAAACGUGUAACUUUGUGUGAAUGAUUUGUUUGAACUUUGAAUAAUUUAUGGACUAGCCAAGGGAUUUCAUAUUUCAACAAAAGUUGCACUAUUGUAUUUAUAGAAUAAAGAAGCACUACGUACAAGUGAAUUUGGAAUUAAGCGUUAAGGGUAACAAAAAGGGGGCCUUGUCAGUUUGAAACAUGCUGACGCUUUUUUUUUCACACCGGUUUAGACUUUUCAUUUUUGAGGCACAAAAAUAAUAAGCGUUCAUUUUCACGAAGUUCUAAUGGCUUUGCGCAACACCAAAGCUUUUUCAGAAGCGCCUGUACACAAGCAGUCAGUUUUGCGGUCCAGUUCCACGGUCCAUGUAGCGUUCCCUCUGUGUCUAGUUCAGUGUUCAUGUCCACCCAACCUUCUGCUUUACUGUUUACUGUUUGAAAUGGAAUGGACAGACCAUUACUAACCUGUUUUUAAAGCUGGCAGGUGUUUGAAAGAUGAAACCAUGGGUGGUGUUGAGUUGCCCAUAUCAAGCACAGCCUACACUCUGACAAUACGUUCAGAAUGAUUUGUUUGCUAUGAAAAAAAAAGUGUGGGGAAAAAAUAAAGUUUGGUACUCAUUUUUUUCUGGUUUGUGUUUUGAAAUAGCUUCUCUGUUCUGAAAAGCUGAGGGUCAGAAAUUAUUUCACUGUUGUGAUUGUUUUUGCCCCUGUUUAUUCUCCUGUGACAGAUUUAACGUUGUUUUCUGCAGUUCUCUCCCUCCUGUGGGUUCUGUCCAUAUCAUCACCUUUUUAUUUUAAACCGCUGCACUUCUCAUAAUCCGAUGCGGUGGAGCUGUAUCUAAUAUAGAGGUGUAUGUUUUUGUAUUGUGUUUGCCAUUAGAUUACAAUUUAUGAAUUUGCCGUCUUGCAUUUUUUUGUAAUAAAUCAUUGGUUCAA